AUGUCGAAGAAGAACGACGAGACAGGAACUCAAGUAACGGCGAUUGAACAGGAUCGUUCGGAUUCGUUUUCGUUGAUUCGCGCCGACAAUGCAAAACUUGCUGAACUUGGGUACAAGGCCGAAUUCAGACGCGAAUUUUCGCUAUUGGAGACCGUCGCUUUUGCUUUCUCGAUUAUGGGGGUGAUAGCCUCCGUUACAUCGACCUUGUCAUUCGGCCUCAUCAAUGGGGGACACGUUGGAAUGGUUUUUGGCUGGCUAAUACCGUCCCUGUUCGUGAUGUUUGUUGCCCUUAGUAUGGCAGAGAUGGCUUCGUCGAUGCCUACAAGUGCCGGCCUGUAUUACUUCUCGGCUAAGCUGGCGCCUCCAAAGUAUGCACCUCUUGCAAGUUGGAUAACAGGAUGGGCCAAUGUAACCGGACAGAUAACCCUAGUUUGCUCCAUCGACUUUACAUGCGCUCAGAUGAUCACCACGGCCAUCGCAGUCCAGACCAACGGGGCCGUGAUUAUGUCUUCUGGCGCAACAUUUGGAAUUCUCCUGGCCAUUUUGUUUGCUCAUGGUGUCGUCUGCUCGGCAUCAACUAGUUUCUUGGCUAGGUUGAAUCUAUUAUAUGUUCUCAUCAAUGGAAAGUACUCAUCGUUCGUUUUGGGGACAACCAUUGCUGCAAUCAUUACCCUACUCGUCGUUUCUGGCGAUAAAAAGGUGUCGACGGCUGAUGCAUUCACACUGUUCGAAAAUAACUCGGGGUGGAAGAAUGGUUGGGCAUUCAUGUUGGCUUUCACUGCACCAAUGUGGACAUUGACAGGGUACGACUCUGCUGCUCACAUUUCCGAAGAAAUAGCAGGUGCCGCUAAAGCAGCGCCCAUUGCAAUUUUGGUUGGCGUCGGUGCAACCGCAGGAUUUGGAUGGCUACUUCUCAUUGCGACCUCAUUUGUGAUUACGUCCGUAAGUGACCUCCUCGCGACGGAGCUUCCCCUUCCAAUGGGUCAAGUAUUUCUCAACGUCCUUGGGAAACGUGGCAUGCUUGCACUCUGGUCCUUGAUUAUUGUUGUCCAAUUCGUGACUGGAGCGGCGCAACUUGUUGAUGCUUCGCGUGUAGUAUUUGCCUUCGCUCGGGAUAACGCCCUUCCAGGCUCUCGUUAUCUGAAAAGGGUAAACCACUCUACACAGACACCCGUCAAUGCUGUUUGGUUUGUCGCUGUCAUUUCGGCCAUCUGCGGCGUACUGGGAUUUUCGGCGACUGCUUUCAAUUCUCUUGCGAGCGCAUCAGUGAUUGGGCUUUACACAUCAUACGCGGCUCCUAUCUUCCUCAGAAUUACUUCAGGCAGGGACAAGCUCAAGCCUGGGCCGUUCACGCUUGGGCGUUGGGCAGUCCCUGUCGGGGCAAUCGCAGUCGCAUGGGUCGCAUUUAUUGUUGUCGUGUUAUUCUUUCCCCCAGGACAGACCAUAGAUGCUAAAGAGAUGAAUUAUGCCGUUGUGAUUAUCAUGGGUGUUUUCAUAUUUGCUUCCGCAUCUUGGGUGCUCUCAGCCCACAAAUGGUUCCACGGACCCGUUCGAAACAUAGAUGACGAUGGCGAAGAGAAGACUUCCAUAUAA